UCAGAUGGCGUACGAUUCUGAACGGACAGCGGAAAUCGUGGGGACGGCGAGAUUAGUUAGAAGCUGGAGGGAGUGUCUCGAUUCCUUUUUUUUGUAGUUACCUGAAUCUAAAUUCUUUUAUAAUGCCUGCAUAUCAUUCUCAAUUUCUAAAUCCCCCACAAGUAAUAGGAAACAUGGCUCUUUUGCCAAUUCGUACCCAAUUUAGAGGACCAGCUCCAAAAGAAACUGGUGAUUUAGAUAUAAUUGAAGAAGCUUUAUAUUUCUUCAAAGCAAAUGUAUUCUUUAGAACAUAUGAAAUAAAGAGUGAAGCAGACAGAGUGUUAAUAUAUUUGACUUUAUAUAUAACAGAAUGCCUCAAACGUUUACAAAAGUGUUCUAAUAAAGCACAAGGUGCACAAGAAAUGUACAGUCUUGCUAUAUCAAAGUUUGAUAUUCCAGGAGAGCCAGGAUUUCCUCUCAAUGCUGUUUAUGCAAAACCAUCAUCACCUCAAGAAGCUGAUGUUAUGCGCCAAUAUUUACAACAAUUGAGGCAGGAAUGCGGAUUAAGAUUAUGUGAUAGAGCAUUUGAUUCUGAAACAGGAAAACCAAGCAAGUGGUGGCUAUGCUUUGCAAAGAGGAAAUUCAUGGACAAAAGUCUCUCUGGACCAGGACAAUGAUACAGCAAUACAUUAUAAUAAGACUUAUGAAAGAUUUUGGUCAUUAAAGUAAUCUGUUGUAUAAAGGAAAUCUGCUUAAAAAUAUAUUAUAACAGCUAUAUGUUAAAUUAAAUAAACAUUAUAAAAUAAAUAAAUCAUUACUUAG